AUGUAUGAUCCAGCACGGGACAGUUGGGAGGAGCGAGAUGGAGACGAAGCUAGGUCUCGCUGGGGCCUCGCCUCCGAUCAGCCCCAGGCGGGCUUCUCAUCUUCGGAGCAGGUUCAGACUGCAACUUGGGAAAAUAAGAACACUACUGAUCUGAGACAUCCUUACCCCGAUUUAAAGACUAACGCAUCCGCGGAAGUACUAUAUGCGGAAUCGCAGCCAGCACAAUCAACUACGCAAACUCCUCCCUCCAUCUCAACUCAAUUACAGUCGCCUGCAAAUCUCGCAGCGCAGGAGGCUUCGCACACACGACCUUUGACAUCUACGGCAGAGAAUCAAGCGAACAAAGCAACUACAACCAUGGAAAACCGUUCCGAUUCGGCGACACCUAAGCCCAGAGCGGAUCCUUCAGACAAGCCGAAUCGGCCAGACCAGGUCGCUCCGCCUACCGAUCGGAAUGGAUCUCAAGGUGAUAAAAAGAGGAAGGUGCCCGCGGAGGAGAAUAUGUCCGAAAAAUCACAGCUAGCUCCAGACCGCCCCAUGUCCAAGCGGAAGCGCAUGGAAGAACGACACCAGAAGCUACGAAAGCGCGGUAGGACACCUCCUUCGGCGUACUCUCGCCGUGACGCAGAUGAGACAGCAUCAGCUGCCAACCGCAAUGGUUCAACUUACCGAUCCACCUCACCCCUUCCACCUCCACGGUCUCCUACUCCAGAGGAACAACCCCGGCAGCGCAAACGGCCCGGUGGUGGGGCUCGAAUGGGACUGGUGGAUCGGGAGACGUUGCGCCGGAGACAAGAAGAAAGAGACCGUGCCCAGGUUGAAGAGGCGAUGCGGGCUUCCCAGGGCCGCGGGUUGACAGAUGUUGUUCGUCAACACUACAACGCAGUGCCGCAGCGCGGUAGAGAGUGGCGGAAGACAGAAAGUAAGAUCAAGGGCCUGCGGAGCUUCAACAACUGGGUCAAGAGUACCCUUAUCCAGAAGUUUUCUCCGGACGAGGAAUUCCUUGCGCGGUUCAAUGGCACCAAGGACUGGGCUGAAGACGGCGGCGUGCCUCCGGUAGAGGAAAAGCGACUUCUUGUGAUCGACUUGGGCUGUGGCAAGGGUGGUGACCUUGGGAAAUGGCAGCUGGCUCCUCAACCAGUUGAUUUGUACGUUGGUCUUGAUCCGGCAGAGGUAUCAAUCAUCCAAGCCCGCGAACGCUACAAUGGAAUGAAAUCGGGACGUGGUAAUCGCGGCCGGCGUAAUCCCAUCUUUCAUGCCGAAUUUCAACCCAAGGACUGCUUCGGAGAAUGGCUGGGGGAUGUCGACAUUGUCCAGCAGGUUGGCAUUGACCCCAAUGCAGGCCCAGGGGGUUCUGUCAUGAGCUCACGGUGGGGCGGAGGCGGAUUUGACGUGGUAGCAUCCAUGUUCGCGAUCCACUACGCCUUUGAAAGUGAAGAAAAGGCAAGGCAGAUGCUGCGCAAUGUUGCAGGAUGUCUGAAGAAGGGAGGCCGAUUCCUCGGCGUUUGCCCGAACUCGGACGUGAUCAGCGCGCGAGUAGCAGAGAUCAAUGCGAAGAAGAAGGAGCGGCAGGCGCAAGCCAAAAAGGAAAAGACAGACGAGGCUCCUGAGGACGGCGAGGUGGAAGAGGAUGACGGCAAGGUAGAAUGGGGGAACCAGAUCUACCGGGUCCGGUUUCCUGUUACGACUCCUGAGGAUGGUAUUUUCCGUCCUCCUUUCGGAUGGAAGUACAGCUACUUCAUGGAAGAGGCCGUUGAAGAGGUGCCGGAAUACGUUGUUCCCUGGGAAGCUUUCCGAGCUCUUACGGAGGACUACAACCUCGAGUUGCAAUACCGCAAGCCAUUCCUGGAUAUUUGGCGUGAUGAAAAGGAUGAUCCGGAGCUGGGGCCCUUGAGCGAACGCAUGGGUGUCCGUGAUCGAGCCACUGGCGAACUGCUGAUGACCGAGGAGGAAAAGGAAGCGGCCAGCUUCUAUCAUGCAUUCUGUUUCUACAAGGUGUAA